UCAACAAGCAAACGUGGACAAAGUGGACCCUUCCAAGUUGGAAAGAACCUUGCCCUCAUCGGCCCGAUAUCUUUGCUGCUUCAAUCUCGACCGAGCCGCGCCACCAAGUCAACCGCUGAGAAGCCGGCUUCUACAGCUUUCCUUUUCUCAUACACGAAAAAGGAGGUACGAAACUACAUGUCCCAGCAUUCCACCGGGAAGCCUCGUAGAAUGGGGACAAACCUUGUUGACGUAUACAGAAAUUAAGGCUACUAGUAUGUGACUGGGAGCGCUCGGCUUCUCUGUCUCCGGGAAGUUAGAAAAUUGUCCUGGGCCGAAAACAGCCGCCUCGGAGGCAACGAAGGACAGAGAAACCCGCUGAACAGAAGGGCCUGCCUGAAGGAACUGUCACUGCAGAGAAAAGGGGAGGUCUCGUCUCGUCGUAGUCGGAGGGAGAACGACCAGGAAGAACACCCCAGAAGUGUGUUUCUCUGUACUUGGACAACACACAAUUUCAAAGACCAUAGGGGGAUGCUAUGUGUGACCUGCUUGCAGUCUGCCAAGCCCUCAAAAUAAACAAAAGGCUGCUCUUUGACUCAGCCAGAAAGUGGAACUAAACAAACCGAGAAAUCAGAAUUCCAGAGAAGAUGGCAGAGAUUACACAAACUGUUCAGAAAGAGUUGCUCAAAGAAGAUGAGCCAACAUCACAGACAGUCUUCCAGCCUCCGAAUAGUGAAAAUAGCUUAGUCAGUACACAGCAAAAUCAAACUGAAGAAACAAAAAAAGAUUCAUUGUUGGAAAUGCACCUCAAUUCUGAAGGAAUUCCUCUGAAAACAGAAAACAGUAUGCCUCCAAGAUGCACUGUAGAAAUUUCCCCAGUGGCAUCUGUUUUUCUUGAAGGUAGUUCUGUAGACAAAGAUGUGGUAGAUUUCUCAGAUGAAAAGAUAGGGUGUUCAUAUGAUGUGACAUCACGGAAGACUAUUUUUCAGUCCCCACGUGGUACAAAUACCUUAGCCAAUAUUCAACAUUAUGCAUCUGAAGAGAGGAAGAAAGAUUCCUUGUUGGAGAUGCACUUAGAUUCUGAUGGAGAUUCUCAGAAAACAAAGACCAGUGACUCUCUAGGCUGCAGUCUAAGAAUUUCUCUCCGAACAACUGUAUUCCCAGAAGGUAGUUCAGUAGACAAAGACAUGGUAGAUUCCUCAGAUGAGAAGACUGACUACUCAGGUGAACUGAUGUCACAGAAGCAGAUGUUUCUUCAGUCUCCAAAUAGUGAAUACAGCCUAGCCAGUACACAACAAAAGGAAUCAGAAGAUAUGAAAGAAAAUUCCUGGCUGGAAAAGUGCUUAGAUUCUGAUGGAUCUCCCCAGAAAACAGGAAUGAGUGAGAUUUCAGGAUGCAGUGCAGGGAUUUCUUCAGUUGUAACUGCCUUCCCUGAAGUUAGUUUUAAAGGCGAAGAUGAGGUAGAUUUGUCAGAUGAAAAGUCUGAGCAUUCAGCCCAUGCUACCGUACAAGAUUCUCCAGUGGAAAAGGAAUGCAGCUCAUCCGAAAUCGUUCUAGAGGAAAAAUUAAGUUGUUCCCUGAGUCAGCAAAGCCAACACUCGGAAUGUUCUGAAAACCACCCGAAGGUUCAUUUUAACCAGAAAAAAGAAACGUUACUUUGGAAACCUAGAGGAACAGAGAGAAAGAGAUCCAUGACUGAUGACUUUACCACCCAUGGAGUUUUUCUGACAGUCAUUAUACUUUUGGUUGCUGUUUUCAUCAGCACCAGUGGCUUCUACACAUCCCGUCUCCCAGUCAUGCCAAAAAAUCCAGUCGUAGAGGCCUUCCUGUCAAGCUUUGAACCACUGAAGAACAGUUUCCCAGGCCAGAGCCCUUACUUAUGGGACCGAGUGCGGAAGGUCCUGCAGAAGCACCUCAAUGUUUCUCGUCACACUGAGCCAGCUAUCUUAAUCUUUGCUGCUGCCCAGGAUGCUGAAGCAACCUUGAAGUGCCUGACCACACAUAUUGCUGAUGCCUAUUCAUUGUCCCUAAAGGGUAGCACAGUCCAUGUCGAUGGAGCUUCUAAAUCUACACUCAGCAGCGACAGUGCAAAGUUGGCCAUGGAUGAAAAGCUGAGUUUUGGCUUUCGUGGAGGAGGAAAAGCAGCAGUGGUGCACCAUUUUGAGUUGCUGCCCGCAGGUUCUACCUUAAUCUUUUAUAAAUACUGUGACCAUGAGAGUGCAGCUUUUAAAGAUGUGGCUCUGAUUUUUACUGUUCUGCUGGAGGAUGAGAAACUAGAGCGAAAUGUUAGCCCACAGAUAGUGGAAGAAAAUGUGCGGGAUUUCCUUUGGGACACAUUCACCAACUCAGAUGCACCAUUGUCCUACAACCACAUGGACACAGACAAACUGAGUGGAUUGUGGAGUCGCAUUUCUCACUUAGUCCUGCCAGUUCACCCAGUACAAGCCAUAGAGGACAUGGGUUGCCAUUUGCAAAUGGAACUAAGAAAAAACUAAGGUGGAAUUCAUGGGAGAGUCCCAAAGCUCUGUACAGUUUAAAUGAAGACCUGUUCUUGAAAACCUAUUACUCAAGCAGGGAUCUAGAAAUAUUAAUGAGAAAUAGGGUGACUUUUAGAUUGUUUAUAUAUUUUGAUGUCAGAUUUUAUCAUGAAAAUUGUUUGAUAAAACAUUGGAGAAAGAAAUUA